AGUUGCCCCAGCAGCCAUUGCCACGACAACAGGGUGUCCAUUGUAACGAUUGGAUUAAAACGUCAAUUGCCCACUGAGCCCCUCUCUCACUUUGGCCCAUGACAAUGGCAACCCCCCUAUACUUUUUCGUCGACACAUUCGACUGCUCAUCGAAUUGUUUGGUCUUUUUUUCACUUUUUUUCCUCCUAUUCAUUGCGCUCGUUUGUAUAAUCGAAUUGUUGUCUGGCUACUCUGUGCUUUGUAGAAGAGCAAGAGCUGUGUAAUCAGCGUCAAAACAAGGGGGCUAUUUUAUGGCCGUCGUUUCACUGGGGAAACAACACACCAACUGCUGGUAAAAGAAGAAGCCAAUGGUCGGUUGUUUUUAGUUUAGACUGUGGAGCCCCUCUCAAAGAAGGAAAAAGUGUUUACACCGGGAAACACGAUGUUUUUGUUUUGCCCAUUUCUCAAGGUAUUUUUUUCUGUUUUUUUACACGGUCGCAACCUUCUAGCAUUCCCGCAAUGUUGUUGUUACUGCCAAGUCAACCGAUGAUGGCCGUUUAUUUUUUCUUCUCAAGAAUCGUCGAGAUCUGCUGCCCGCCAAAUAGAAAAGUCACGAUCCCCCGCAACGUGAUCCAACUCGUUUAACUUUUUUUUGGGAAACGAUGACUAACCGUGGCACAAAAGAGAGUUGUUGUAUAUGAAUCUCUUCAGCAGUGUUGUUGUUGGGUGUUACACACGAAUUUUUUUUAAAGAAUAGCCAUUACGAAAUUACAGCCAUUAGCUGCAUGGGAAACGAGCGUCGAAAUUUGUUUCUCUUAUAUCCCAAAAAAAGGAAAACGCCUCUGUGUUGUCUUGUUGUAAGAGUGUUUUCUAUUUUACCAGUUUGAACAACAAGGGCGAAGCGUCUCAGGUUACUCAGGACGGUCUUAAACAAAGAAAUCCCAGUGGAUUGGAUAGUUUUCGGCAUCUCUGUCGCAUUUCCCCCCUCCAACAAUCGACGUCCAAUUUUCGACGCAACAUUCUUUUUAAAUAAUAAAAUAAUCAUUUGUUUUUCUCUACCGGAAAAAAAAGGGAAAAAAUCCAGUAGGGCGGGGGAUUCAAGGAUAUUUGAGGGGGGAGGAGGUCUUGUAAUGCGGAAGAAUGAUUAUGCGAUUACUCAUUCCGGUAGUCAUUUCUUUAUAUAGGGCUUUGCUAUUUUUGGGUUUAUUCCAAAUACAAUAGUUUAAUGACGAAUUUUUAUCGACUUAUCACGCUUCUGCUGCUGACGUCUCUACGAAUUUUUCUUCCUUUUUUCUACGAGAAAUAUUGGGAGAUUGCGCGAACGCUUAUCAGAACCACAUGUGGUUACUGCUGCUGCCUUGGCGGUUUCCUCUUCCCUUGUACCAACUUACAGAGAAAAAAAGGAGCGAUAGACCCUUAAACUCUGGUCAGUUCCAGUUUCCUUUCACGCCAACGUCUUUCUCACACCCGUUUCUUUUUUCGACUUCUCCCCUAAACACAAACCCGACGGCGCCCCCGUCAACUAUUUGUGUUUUAUCUCGCGACUUUUGUUUAUGCCAUAUACGCACUACUCGGAUGUGUGUUGUGCAGUGCCGUAUGUUUGUCUUCCAACUUGUUCAGAACUUUGGUCCGCCCUCCUACGGACAAGUUCUUUCUCCUUUGUCUCUCAUUCGUUCAUCGGUGGUGAAACGCUCGUGUUCCCGCCGAUGUCGAUUAGAGAAAUCUCCGUCUUAUAUAUUUUCACGUUUGUCGAUUAUUGUGGCCAACAACUCGGUGAACCGAAAAUCCGUUCCUUUUUUGUUUUUCUGUCUCCGGUGUUAUCUAUCGGUCGUGAAAUUUCGGUGGUUGAAUGUAUAAAUAUAUUCAACUGAGCUGAGCCGAGUUGCUGCGAAUGGGCGUUCCGAAAAAGAGGGCAAACCUCAGCCAGGAAAAAACAUAAAAAGAAAAAACAGCUCAAAAGAGGAAGAACAAAAGGCGGUGGUGGUGGUGGAUAAGCCGCUCUACUCCCCCGUUUGUCGACGACGAUAAAAACGGAAAUUUGGAAUGCGGAUUUCUCUUUUGAUUAGCCUUUUGGUUGUUUUUUCUCGUAUCGCCACCACUUGACGUCAACCAGUCCGCCAAAACGGCUGGGUCUCCUAUCGACUCCAGUCCGGAAAAAAAAGUUCACUGACUCGACCAAAUCAGUUCCGGUUUUUUUUUUGCUCACAAAAAUGUACACGACACUUCCCCGGCCGCCCAGAGUCUCAAAAGUCACGCACAGUUCUCUGGACAUUCCCCAACGAGCCAACAUGUCGCCGACAUCGGCUCCCGUCUCCUCCAGUUCCGACGGUUUCACCCGUUUUGAUUUCACGAAAACGUUGAGCCGAUCAGAGUCGAGAGUGAUGAUGCGUCAAGGCCGUCAGGGUAGUCGCAGCACCCAAGCAUCCAUCAGGCGGAAGAAUAGCGUUAGUUUGUUCUUUACUGGAGGUGCUGGUAGUGAUGAUUUGAGAAACAGUGGCGAUCAUUGGCAAGAGCUUCUAGUCGAUCCUGAAAUCCCAGGCGAAAUUCUCUAUAGGAAGAAAGAUUCAUCACUGGAAUUGCUGGUCCAUGGCCUUCACUUGACCAAAACGGACCUGAAGAAAAUGGAGAAACUGACGAAAAUCAAUAUUCAUCUGCACGCGCUGUUUGCUGCCGUCGAAUUUGGCCAGGUGGAAAAGGCCCGUGCUAUCCUGGAAGACAACGAGGUCGACAUUAACAGUUACAACAGUGACGGGCUGUCCUUGAUGGAUGUGGCCGUCCUGACGAACAAUACUGAAAUGGUCAAAUUACUCAUCCAACAUGGAGCCAGGGAGGGAAUGGAGUAUGGCAGUAAGGAAUCGCUGAAUUUGCAUCUGGUCCAACUGCUCAACGAAGCCGAGAAACAGUUGGAAGAGAAGAGUCAGCCGUCGUCCAGUCCGGUUCGAGUGGAUUUGGACAAACACGUCGCCCUCUGGAAACGGCGGGUGCGCAUUUUGCGCAAAAUGAAGUCGGGACUCGAACAGCUGAAGGUGCCCAACAGUCCGAACCAGGCCCGCGUCGAAGUUGUUGGAGAACAUUCUGCCCACAUUUGGUGGCUUCAGCCCGAAGUCGACUCUGGUGGCAUUUGCACUAAAUUUAAAGUUCAAUGGUCAACUCAUCCGGAUUUCGCCUUCCCCGGUGGCGAGUUGGAGGUGCGCGAUACGCAAAUCUGGAAGCGCGGCGGAGGAGCCGAAGAAUUUAACGAAGUCAACGUGACCGUCUCAUCUUGCCCGUCCAACUCUCGAUGCUACUUUCGUGUAGCCGCCGGCAACUUGUCCGGAUACGGGUCGUUCAAAACCACUCUGCCCUCAUCUGUCUUGUUAUCAGUCUGGCGGAUAAUCGACGGCCGAAAACCUCGUUUCGCUGGCCGCCUACCCAUUUUGGACGACCUAUUUAGCAAAGUGCGGACAUGGCGGCCUGAUUACGCCUCGGAAAUUCGACAGCUGGAAGACGGCCUCAACGAAGCCCCAAUGAAGCAGCGCAAGAAUCCAGCCAAACUCAACUUGCGGCAGUUCUUUGGCGCCAAUGUCAAAUUUCAAAAGAAUCUGCGCAGGGGAGUCUAUUUCGCUUGCAUCGUUUUCCACGAAGACAAGGUACUGGUGACGACCGAAGAAUUUCCGCCGGUCGUUGAAGUCGACGAUACUUAUCCAGCCUCGGUCAAUAACGAUUUCCACUGGCUCAUGAAGAUUGGCUGCACUUGGAGCGAUGUGAAAACACUCCGGCAAGAUAUGGAGCGCAGUUCCAGUUCCGCAAACGCCCACUUCCGUAUUAAACUACUUCAAGCAGCUGCUCAGCUGCAGAGCGCUUUGGGCUUGCAAGAUUUGGGUCAGCUUCACUACCAGCCACUGAAAGACAGUCAAGGGACCCUGGUGAUAUCGAGUACCUGUCAUUUGGCCAAUAUUAAGGCUGUGCCGUCGUCGUUGAAUUUCAAGUGGCUGCCACUUUCCAAACUUCAACAGCGACGAGUGGUGACAAACGAACAAGAGAGUACGGCCAGCGAUCUCCUCCUCGCCUCCCUACAGGAACAAAUCAACUUCAUGCAAGUCAGCAACAAACCUUUGCCCCGAGGACUCUACCUUGGCUACUUGAAGAUGAAGAGUUCGGUCGAUUUGAUUCGCGUUUUGGUGCCCAAGGACGCGCCCAAUCUCCUCCCGCAUGCGAAAAUACGAGACAAUCCGUGGGUGUCGAGUGAAGAGUGGCAGUGGAUCAAGAAAUUGGCCAAAAGUCAACCACAAAACAAAAAUUGUAAUCCAGAGAUGAACGACGGAGAUGGCGAUGGCAGUGAGGACAAGGCAGAGUAUUCGGUAAUGGACGGUCUGACGGGCAAACUGAACCUCCAGCCCAGCACGGCCCAGCUGCUCUUCCAAAGUCAAUUACAGAGGGCCGCCUGUCGAUUGCUGGGCAGUAUGGGCAUCGAAGGCUCGGUCAUGCAGCAUCGCAUUUACGAAGACGAAGUGAUUGAACUCAGCCCAGAUGUUUCCGUUAUCCUUUUGCUUCCGCCACCAGACAGUGUGUGCGCUGUAGCCGGUCAAAGCGAGGCGCUCUUCCAUCGGCCUGAAUUUCUUUCAGUUCCCGUUCAAGUAUUUGAAAUGAUUCAUCUGCGCACCUACCAGCGUGAUCUCAUCGGCCGCUAUUCUCGGCUUAGUUCCAUUUUGGAACUGGAUUCGAAUUUGGCACAGCUGGCCAUGCGCGAGGCUUUUUCGAGCGUGGAAUUGGCGGAAGCCAAGCAACGCUUCCAGCGGCUGCAAGAUGUUCAAGUUCAAGUUGACUCGACUUGGAGGGGAUCGCGUUGGAUCAUGGACGUUCUUUCGCUGGCCAGGGAUCGAACGAUGACUGGAGUGGGUGUGGCCAUUGCCGCUCUGUCGCAGCAAGUCGCUCCUUCCACUCCUCUUUUGCCUACACCGACCGAAUCCUCUGAGGAAUCCUCGAAGCGAACAAGGGAGAACUCGUUGAAGACGCCCAGCACUUGUUCGAGAUUGAUUCACUCGACAGUCUCCAAUAACGAGGGGCGAAUCAUGGGCGGCGGUACUCCAGGCGGAGGCAAACACCGGAUGCUCGUCAAAACGAAAAGUGAUAACAAGCUGUUGAGCAGCCGCAACUCCAUUGGGGAAUCACCAGCUUUCCUCCGCGUCAACACGGUCCGAUCUCGAACACCCGUCUGCCCUGAAUGUUCCGUUCCACUGGAUUUGCCCGGCUACGUCUCCAAUUGCGGAUCGUGUUCGUGCUCCAGAGCUCGUUACACUCAACCAGAAACGGGCGAAUUGUUUAAGCAACAGCACAGCCGCAGUAACGAAACGCUUCCGACUCCGCCGAUCCUCAUCACUCAAAGUGGAGCCCGCAAGUGCAUAUCACGAAGUGAAAAUCAGUUGAACAACCUGGAAUUUCAGCCUUUCCUGGACGCUGAAGGCACCGACGACAGCACUUUGCCAGUCUAUGCGGCGGCCGGCCAAGAGCAGGAAGAAGAGCCGAAAUAUGAGCAGUCAACUGACGAUCCUCCUGCUCCGCCGCCCACGAAAUUGCAGCGAGGUGGAUCGGGAGGCAAGAAAGGUCGUUCGACCGGCAGCAUGAGAUCAAACAGCCAGGAAAGUGAGUGCAGUCACCCGUCGAGAUCGAGUCAUACUCCUUCGUUGACGUCUUUGUCUUCGGUCGACGGCGAUCCCGAUUCGGGAAGCACGCGCUCGGCCGAUGUCGAAAGUGGUGACGCUUCUUCUACCAGCGGAAUCAUUCAGGUGUACGCUGCCUACGAAUCCGGUUUGGCCAACGGCACCAGCGUCAAAUUGCACGUGACCACCAGAACCGUCGCUCGAGAGGUAGUGGACCUGGUGGUUCGCCAGCUCAACAUGGCCGUAGGUUUGAAAGGGAAAGAUGGCCCCGUUUAUCCGGCAGAGGAGUUUAAAAACUUUUGCUUGGUGGCCGUCAUAGGAGCCAGGGAACGAUGUUUGCGAGACGACUUCCGUCCGCUCCAUCUUCAAAAUCCGUGGAAGAAAGGUCGUCUUUAUGUUAGACAAAAAAAGGACGUGCUGGCAGCCAUCGAACAAAGUGGGAGACAGCAAAAGCCUCCACCGGCCGCUCUCUGAUAAUAUCAACGUUACCUCUCAACUACUACGAAUCUCAAGUUGGUCCUUAAUAAAGCGGCCAACGUCACCCUCUUUUAGAUAAUCGUUCACAUCGUCCUUUACGUCACUGUUGACACAAGAUGAGUUUUGUUUGGAAUUGUAACCGGCGUGUCUGGCUGACCUUAGUUAUUCAGUCCAUCUCUAAUCCCAUGUGUUCUAUCCAAAUGGAUCUUUCAAGGGUAUAGACAAGGAGGAGGUUGUAUCAUUUCAUUGUCGUUUGUGAUCAUCUUUUCACAAUUUCCGUCACGUGCUAUUAGAAGAAAUCGGCACACAUGUCUAGUAGUUGAAACGAGGGGCGAUUUCUGCCUAAAAAAUACUUGAAUUAGACGUGUAAUUAUCGUUUUAUCUUGAUCGUGACAACAUAAUCUGUUGAUAUUUGCUCGUUAACUGUUUUGUACAAAGAAAAAUUCACGUCCACGACAGAUGGCAAUGAUCUCUUCUCAAGGGACAAAGGUGGUACAUACGGCUCGGUCAACUUGAUUUCCCACGUUGAUGUGCUCUUAGGGCACUGAUUGAUUGGUCACGGACUUUGCAUCCCCUGAAUACUCGUUUUAAUUAGCAGAGAUUUUGUUCUAAAAGUACAAUAACUAUCACCAAUACCCUAUCCUUUGUCAAUUGAAAUCAGUUUUUUCCUCCCCCCAGUUGUCAGAUCCUCCCCCGCUCCUCCCGUAUAGAUCCUGCGUGUUGAUUAUGACGCGCAUCACGAAUUGAUCGAGACGAUACAGGAAUGUGAGAAUAAGCAACAUGUUGAUUUAUAACUGCUGUCUGUGAUAAGAAUAAAUGCUGAAAUUAAUACAAAAGAUGUUCAUUUACUCAAAA